AUGAAGCUCUCAACCUUCACAACCUCGCUGGCCCUCAGCGCCUCAGCAAGCGCCAAAUUCAUCAACUACACAACCGUGACGGGCUACUUUGCCCAAGAUGACCCUUCCACCGACCCCUCUACUUUCGACUACACAUCCCACAACUUCGGCCUCCUGGACCGCACCUACGAGUCCGACACUCUGCACCCCUCCAAAAAUCUGACCCAAUGGCAACGCUUCCACGCUCAACUCCAAUACCUAAACGCGCAAGCCCCCGCGCACGUCCAGUACAAGCUCCUCUUCCUCGGCCGCCACGGCGAAGGCUGGCACAAUGCCGCGGAGGAUUACUACGGAACGCCUGCAUGGAACUGCUACUGGUCCCUCCUAACAGGCAACGGCACAGCAACCUGGAAAGACGCGGACCUAACGCCCGCCGGAAUCGAGCAGGCCGAGGUCGCGCGCGAUUACUGGGCUGCGCAGUACAAGGAGCAGCGGAUCCAUUUCCCGGAUGUCUACUACAGCAGCCCGAUGACGAGGGCGCUCAAGACGGCGAAUCUCACGUUCACGACGCAGCCUCUCUCAAGUAUCCUUGCUGCGCCGUUUAUUCCAACGGUGAAGGAGGGCUUCCGCGAGGGCGUGAGUCUGCACACGUGCGAUGAGCGACGCACCAAGAGCUACAUCCAGGGUCUGUUCCCGGAGUGGAUUAUCGAGGAGGGAUUCACGGAGGAGGAUGAGCUUUGGGAGGGUAUCAAGGGUGAGACAAGUGAGACGCAGGAUUUGAGGUCCCGCGCGGCGCUGGAUGAUGUUUUCUUCCCUGAGACGGUCAAUGGCUCUUUCUCGAUUAAUGUGAAGAGGUCGUCUACCGGUAGGCCGGCUGGUGUCUGCGGCGGCCCGUCUCCCUCGCACUCGCCCGCACCUCCAGCUCAAGGAGGAAAAGCUUCGGAUCUGGUCAUCUCGAUCACGGCGCACAGCGGCGAGAUCAGCUCCAUCCUCCGCGUGAUCGGGCACCAGGCCUUCAAGCUGAGCACGGGCGCCGUGAUCCCCGUACUGAUCCGGGCCGAGGAGAUCAGUGAGCCGCAGCCGACGACGACGACGACGGCGUUGUUUACGCCGAGUGCGUACUGCACUGCGCCACCGGUGACGAGCGCGGCAUCGGGCUGUGUGUGUCAGAGCUCGGCGGCGCCGGUGACGACGGGGUUCCCGGCUUUGUCGACGGAGACACCGUAUUAG